AUGGAGGCGCCGGCGCCGCCCGCGGCCGAGCCCGACGCCCCGGAGCGCCGCGGGGGCACCCCCGACGGCGCGCCCCGCGCCGACCCGGACCCCGACGCGCCCGCCGCGGUCGCCUACCGCCUGCAGGACCUGGACACGCUCGCCACCGUCGGCACGGGCACCUUCGGGCGCGUGCAGCUGGUGCGGGACAAGAAGGCGCAGGACUUCUUCGCGCUCAAGGUCAUGAGCAUCCCCGACGUGAUCCGCCUCAAGCAGGAGCAGCACGUGCACAACGAGAAGGCGGUGCUGCAGGAAGUCAGCCACCCGUUCCUCGUCCGCCUGCUCUGGACCGGGCACGACGAGCGCUUCCUCUACAUGCUCAUGGAGUUCGUGCCGGGCGGGGAGCUCUUCAGCUACCUGCGCAACCGCGGCCGCUUCUCCAGCAACGCGGGGCUGUUCUACGCCGCCGAGAUCGUGUGCGCCCUCGAGUACCUGCACGCGCGGGAGAUCGUCUACCGUGACCUGAAGCCGGAGAAUAUCCUGCUGGACAGGGACGGACACAUCAAGCUCACCGACUUCGGCUUCGCCAAGAAGCUGGUGGACAGGACGUGGACACUGUGCGGGACGCCCGAGUACCUGGCCCCCGAGGUCAUCCAGAGCAAGGGCCACGGCAGAGCGGUGGACUGGUGGGCGCUGGGCAUCCUGAUAUUUGAGAUGCUGUCGGGGUUUCCACCUUUUUUCGACGACAACCCUUUCGGCAUUUACCAGAAAAUCCUCGCGGGAAAGAUCGACUUCCCCAGACACCUGGACUUCAGCGUCAAAGACCUCAUCCGGAAGCUACUUGUGGUGGACAGAACCCGGCGCCUGGGCAACAUGAAGAACGGAGCAGAUGACGUGAAGAAACACCGCUGGUUCCGGCCUGUGGACUGGGAGACCGUUCCCGAAAGAAAACUGAAGCCCCCCAUCGUGCCCAAGGUGAGCGGCGAGGGCGACACGUCCAACUUCGAAGCGUACCCUGAAAAUGACUGGAAUACGGCCCCUCCGGUGUCCCCCAAAGAUCUGGAAGCCUUCAAGAAUUUCUGAGGCUGGGGAGCCACAGCUGACAGAAACGGGCCGAAGCGACCUCCAGACGCAGCUGACGGAGCAACGUCCACGUCGGUGUCCACGUCCCUCUCCGUCUGCCGUCCGUGAAGACGUCAGACACCAGUGGGAAUCCACUCACCCGGCAUUACUUAAGCAACUGGAAAUCUCCCUCCCGGCCGGAAAUCUGUAAAAUUGUUGGGGUGGAGGUCUCGUCUCAUCUGUUAGCUCUGUGUUCCUGCUGUAAUUCCUUGUUUUCUCUCACUGACAUUGGGUGUUUGGCUGGAGCAGACGUGUGUGUGCAUGAGAGUGUGUGUGUGUGUGUGUGUGUGUGUGUGUCAGGGAAGCACAACCACGUCCAGGCGCUGUGCCGUCACAGGGCACGAGCUGUCCAUCCUCAGCAGAGUCGUCACUUUGGCCUCAAUCCCUUUCCCUGUCAGAGUCUGUUCAAGAGUCUGUGCAAGACUCUGCAAAGGACGGUGCAUCUUCCGUCCGCUUAUUUGCAUUUUGUGACCAUGUGUGCAGAAAAAACCACGGCAGGGUGCGCGUCUAGCAUCCUCAGGAACCCCCGAACCCCUGCCCCCGGCAGCUUUUGCAUCCGGAAGCCAGAGACGAGGGAGGAGAGAGGAGUUUGACUCUUGGCCUCAGACCACCUGCGUCCGUGGAGCUUGUUGAACUACGCAACAGAGUCGAGAAUCUCUCGGAUUUGCGUUCGGGAAUUCUGCGUGACCCGGAGCAACGUCAGCCUGUUUCAGUCGGUUUGAAUCUCUGCCACAAAAGGUGCCUCCACGGACGACCUCCACGCGGUGACCUCUGGGCUCGCACCUCGGGAGCGGGGAGAACAAACCAUCUGGGGGCUGGCGAGCAGGGGAUCCGCUCACCUGUGCGUCUGCAGGUACUUGCCGGGUUGCAGGUAACAGCUGCUUCUCACAGACGGGAGGGUUUCCGCAGAUGUUCUCAGCAGUGUUUGCUUUCUCCGGGCCUGGCUAGGAAGGGACUCCCUUGGGGACUAUCUGGCUGCUGAGCGGAGGUGUUUCCAGAGCGGUGGCGCCCGUCCUGUCCUGCCCACCUGCCAUCCCUGUCUCUCUGACCAGUGAGAUGCUCCUCCUGGACCCUGCAGUUCGCUGUGGACAGCUAUAGCGGCUGCCCGUUCUUUGAAGCUCUUGAAGAGCAGAUCCACUCACUUGUGUUGUGUGUCUGCUGUCCUUGGAGGUCGCUGCUCUUAAGAAGGAGGUUCUAGAACCUCUGCUGUGGCAGGUUCCCUUCAUAGUCUGCCCACAGAGGUCCAGCAGCCCGGGCAGCCAGGCUGGGGGCUGCGUGGGGGGGUGUCAGCCACCCCAGGUGCAGAACAGGGACUGUUGGGGACGCCUUGGCUCCCCAUCUCUGGAGGUGUCCACGCUCAAGUCAGCUGCAGCCUGGUGCCCAUGCAGAUCCUGGGAGGGUGGCCCUCCGUGUCCUCGCUACCUCUCUCCCCUGCGGAGCUAGAAGUCUGCUCCUUGGGAAGUCACCCCUUUUGUCAAAACAUAGAAGGAAUUGUACCCCGCUCUGCGAACCUGACUUGGGACCCACUUAGGAAAUCAGGAGGUAACGGUUUGUGCAAUUUUGAAGGUGAGACAGCGACAGUCCCUGAGUCGCUUCAUCCUGGGGUGUCCACAGCUUAGAACGGGGGCCUCCAUGCUCUCUCUGAACCUGCAGGGGAAACGGAACUCUCAAGGGCGCUGAAGGAAUAAAUUUUUAUAGUUAUUGUGGAGGCUUUGGCUUAAAAAGCUAAAACACAGGGUGUCUUGUUGACUACCAGGGGACGACUACGUGCAGACCCAUGAGCCCUUAUGCGUGGCGUUGGGCCAGGUCAGGGACUCGAGCUCAGCCUUGCAAAGCCAGUGAGAGGUGGAAGAGAACCCCGGGACUCCCUGGUGCUGUUAGACUCGUCUGGGGACACAUGUGGUGUCUGCUGGGGCUGCAACUUAAAGGCAACACAUAGGCGGGUUUCCUGCAGACCAGCCCUAAACCCACGCACAGGCUUGGGGUGGUUCGGACCCUGGUGGGCCUGGGGAUGUGUGAACACGAGCAGAGACCAUCUGGGCCAAGCUUUGCAGAAAAGCCCCGCAUUUCACCACACGGGAGCAGGAACGAACCCCAAGUCUUCCACAAUGGUGUGAAACUGUCACCCCCAGCAACCCUGCACCGUCUCCAUGACCGACGGCCUGUAGCGUUGAGCGGGCAGUUAUAUUCCCAAGGAGGAGGCUUCGCCGUGCGGAGUCUUGGAAGUGCAGGCGGAGACAAAGCUCAGAUGCUGAGGCAUCUCCUGCGCUUGCAUCUCCUUCCCCCGGGGAGCCGGAAUCCGCAUAAACACUGUGGGGAAAUUUAGGUUCAUGCUGACGACUUAAAAUAGGCAAGAGUCACCCCAACUGCAGUGCCUGUGCCCAAGUCUCCUCCCGUAACGCAUCAGAGCUCCACUCCCAGCUGCACGGUGCAACCUUGAGACCUCGGUGUCCAGCGGGGUGUUGGGGUGCAGCCCUGCGCCGACCUAGUGGCCUCUAUUUUGCACCACCUGUGACAAUAUGGCUCCACACUGUUAACCGAGGACCCGCCCCCUCUGGGCGGCACCAGCGCCCUGAACUCACUGGAACAUCACGUGCUGGACGUGGCCGAAGGCUCCGUGGGGUCUCCGGACCCGCCUGGCAGACACCAGCACCGUCGGGGAAGCCUCCGCCGCUGCACUUGCGCCCCCACGUCUCUCCCUGGUGAUUGGCGUGAGCGCCCCUGGUGCCCCCUCGUCUCUCCCCGGUGACUAGCGUUUGCGCGCUGGCGACCCUGAUGGGACUGGUUCCGCAGGUGGGGUCAGGGCUCCUGGAGGCAGGGCCUGGGCGGAGACCCCUUUUGGCAACAACCUAGAGAAGAGCACGUGAGGUACUGCGUUCACGCGCUUGCAGCGUUCCAGGUGUGUGUGUGUGCGCGUGUUUGUGUGUUUGUGCAUGUGUGUGUGUGAGCCCCGGUGGACGUGCAGGGUGUGGGCCUGUCUCCCCAGGAAGACCCUCUUCCUGCCCACUUUGCAGACCCCGGGGUCAGGGCUUGCAUCCUACAGAAUGUCCGUCCUCACAGAUGUGCUGGCACAGCCUUCUAAAGCCCGUGUGCACACGCGUGCCCUGGGUAUGUUUGUGUGUGUGUGCACGUGUGCGUGCGUGUGCAUGUGUGCACGUGCUGGGUGUGUUGUUAUUUAUGCCACGGCAUCCCCAUGUGUUGCUUGACUGGGUCCUGUUGUCUGUCCUCCCUCCGCAGCCCUGUCCCAGCUGCCUUCUCUCGGCACCGCACCGAGCGCCUUGGCCCCGGCUGGCCCGCCUUGGGGUGCCCCGGGGUCCUCCCAGCUCUGCCUUCAGGGAGGAAAAUCAAAGCCUGUUUCUAACCCUUGCACAAUGAAAAUCACUGUGAUUUGUAUAUAUCCCUGGGAAAUUUUACUGCUGUCUAAUUUAUGGAGUAAGACUGGAUUCCAGGUUUGUUUAAUAAAA